CACAACAGAUCAAUUCCUCUAAUGUAUAAGCACUACAGUAUCGUUUAUUUUAUAUUAUGUUUAAGUGUAACCACUGAGGCUGUUCUUGCUCCAGUCUGACAGCCGCGGUGUGUACCUCAUAGAAGGGGAAGGACAGCACGUCUGUGGGCUGAUUCCUCCGCCGAUCGUGACGUUGACAGGAAGUUGAACGUAGGAGCUUCCGACAGCGCUUGUGGAUUCCUGCUGGAGGUCACUUUGCUUUAAAAGCAGAUAUGGGUGGAGAUCAUGGUCACGCUCACGGUAAAACCCCCCUGCCGGACUACAGACAGUGGAAGUGGGAAGGGACGCCGCUGGAGGUCGUGCAGAAGAAACUGGCUGGCAAAGGACUGAGAGACCCCUGGGCUCGGAAUGAAGCAUGGAGGUACAAGGGCACCUUCAGCAUCCCCAUCUCCCUCAAAGACGUGUUCCUGCGCGGCUUUAAGUACGGAUUCGCAGCGUUCGUGGUGUCUCUGGCAGUGGAGUACACCUUCUUCCCCCCGGAGAAGAGCAAACACUGAGCGCGCGCACGCGUGUGUGUGAAAGACUGUGUGUUCGCUGCGGGUUUGUUCUUCACACGAGCCGGUCCUGAGCUCCUAAUACAUUCAGAAAGUCCAUUCACCACUGAUUCCCUGUCUAGAAUAAAUGUAAAUGAUCUGAUGAGG